CGCCUCGGGAAGGGCGGUGUGGGGCUGGAGGCUUCCCCCGAGGCUUCCCCCCGAGGCUUCCCCGGUACCACGGGUGGCGAGCCAUGGAGGUCCCAGGGAGGCUGUCUGCCAGAAGGGACUCCUCUGCUAGAAAGAGCUCCUCUGCCAGAAAGGACUCCUUAGCUAGAAAGGACUCCUUAGCUAGAAAGGACUCCAUAGCUAGAAAGGACUCUUCAGCUAGAAAGAUCUCCUCUGACAGAAGGAAUUCCUCUGACAGAAGAGACUCCUCUGACAGAACGAUCUCCUCUACCAGAAAGGACUCUGCCUUCCCUGCUGAUCACAGCCAGCCCCAGCCCACACCAGUAGAGAUCACAGUGCUGACAGCACAGGACGUGAAAAGUCUGAAAACUGAUGUGUCGGUCACUGUGGUGCAUGUGGAGUACAACGGGGUGAUCCUGGGAGCCUCCUCCAACACUGCUGUCUUGCCCAAUGGGACAACAAGCUAUAAUUUCACAACCAGCUUUGAGUGCAGCCCUGAAGGCCCCAACUCCUUGCAUGACAUUGUGCAAAAACCUCUGCUCUUGACAGUGCUAGAAGUGUUGCAAAAGGAGAAGAAACAGAAGGAGAAGAAGGAGAUGGAGAAGACUGUGCCUCUUGGCCAAGCUGUGGUGGACCUGCUACCCCUGCUGCAAGGACAGUGUUCAUUUAAGGUCUCAGCUCCUCUCCAUGCAGUGCUUACUUCUCCAUCGGAGUCCCUUCACCCAGAGGCAAAGGGUUGCCUUGAAGUGACAGUGUGCACCAGAGAGCCCUUGCUUUCUGCAGUGCAGCUUUCAGAGAGCAACCUCCUGAGUGUCACUCUGGAGGCAGCUUAUUGUGUCCCUGAAGCGUUUGUUCCUGCUGGAUCCCUGCAAAACUACAUGGCUUGUUUGCAAGUCCCAGCAGCUGAGGAGGAAUUCCCUUUGCUCUUCAAGGAUGGCAUCCUGAAACUUGCUGGUGAAAAAGAGCCAUUACCCCGGCCCAAAAAAUGGCCCCUAGAUAAUGUCAUGGCCCCUGGUGCUCGGAGCAUCCCCAGCUCCUUCAUCGUUGGUGGUCCCUAUGAGGAUGAGGAUGGAGAACUCAACAAGAGAGAGGACAGAGAGUUUAGAAUUCAAGCAGAAAGCACGAAGAGAAUUGUCUGGGACACAGAAAGGCGCUGUUACCUGGACCCCCCUGCAGCACUCGUCCUGCAGAAGCACAUUGGGGAGUGCCAGUACUUGCCCAUGGAGGUCUGCAGGAUGUCCCUGCCCUUACCCAGCAAAGGGAAAACUAGCAAAGCUGACAAGGGAGAUGAGGACAAGAUUUCCUUCCACGGCGUGGCCUAUGUCAACAUGGGGCCUUUGCUGUGCCCUGGGGUGAAGCAGAUCCGAGGUGCUUUUCGUGUCUUUGCCUACCAAGACAGUGAAGUGCUCAAGAAGUCCAAGUGCCAGCGCAGUGUUUUCCAGGAUCUCCAAAAGAAGUCCAGCCUGACUAAGGAAGGGUUGUGGAGCUCAGGAAUCAGUACUCCCCUUUCCAAAGCUGUUCCCAGCAAGAAGGAAGACAAAGAGAAGGAUUCCAACAAGAUGACAUCCAAUUCUUCCCAUGUCCAUUUGUCAGAUGCCACUGGAGAAGCUGAAAAUACCAACAGCCUGGAUGGACAGCAGUACGCUGAGGCAGGAACGUUCCUGGUGAUGGAGAUAAAGCUGGACAAGGCCCUGGUACCAAAGCGAUCGCGGGAGGAGCUCAGCAGCCGCAUCAAGGAGAUGAUUCCUUCUCGCCCUCCACUGCCUCCCCUGACCACAGGAGCCAAGAAGGCUGUGGAAGAUUAUCACAACUGUGUCACCAACCUCGCCGUCGCCAUCCUUGGCGAAUACGUGAGCUCUUUGGAAAGCAAGCUGCCUGACUGGGGAGCAAUUGACCCCCAGACCCUGGAGGAACAAAAGCAUCAGCUCGACUGCCAGCUUACUUCUCUGGGAAAAAAAUUUGCUUUUAAGGAACAGCUACAGUAUGCUGUAGUGAAGAUUGUGAGGGAGAAAUACCUGAAGACCACGGCAUUUAAGACCCAGGAGCAGCUCCAGGAGUUUCUCUCUGAGCUCUAUGUCUACCUUGUGCAGCAGAUGCACAUUGAGCUGAACCAGCUCCUGUCCAAGGAAGCUCCUUUCCCCUCCCCUCCAACCCGCCUGACUGAGGAGCAGCUCUGGUUCUUUGCUCGAGAAGCUGAAGUCAACAAGGACUACAAGCUGGCAACUUUCUACCACCAUCAGAGGUUGGCUCAAGAUCAGCACAACCCCCAGUCCUGGCUGGACUAUGGGGUGUUCUGCCUCCUGCUUGAGGAGACAACCAAAGCCCAGGAGUGCUUCCGACAAGCUCUUUCUCUGGACCCUGACCACAUCCAAAGCUUGCUGCUCUGUGGAAUUGUGGCUGUCAUGCUGCAGCACUAUGAAGAGGCAGAGAUAUUCUUUGAGGAUUCCUGUUGCUUGGAGCCAUCCAGCAUCCCAGCCUGGACUCUGUCAGGUUUGUUUUAUGAGCUUCAGGAUAAUAAUAUUCAGGCAGAAAUGGCCUUCCGUGAGGCUAAGAAGCUACUGCAAGCACAGCUCACCAAGAAGAGGAGCAUACCUGAGGCUGAAGAAGGAGAGGAGAAGGACAUUUCUGAUGGGUGUGGAAGGUCUUCCAGCCUAGGCCCAGCAGAGUCCUUGCCAGGUGGCUUAGCUGAUGAACUGCCAGAGGUGGUGGAUCCUGCCCUGGCCUGUGUGGGGCUGGAGACAGAGGCUGCAGCACCAGAGGCAGCCUCCAGAGCUGAGCUUGGACUGGAAAAUGAGUGGGUCAAGGGCAUUGUUUUCUUACCCCUUAUGAAACCUGGUCCCUUCAGAAAGAAAUGCUCGAGUUCAUCCCUGCUUCAGCCUGCCCUCCCACCUCCCAGUUUUCACACCCCCUGCUGGGAUUCCUCUGCCCCCACCAGAAAUAAAAAGCUCAGUUCAGGAUUGCUGGUGACACGUUCUCUUGCAGCACCAUCCCCUGGUUCAGGACUCAGCCAACCUCUCUGCAGCAUCUUCAUGAAGACAGUGGAAUUCCUGGUGAAAGUCAAUGCUGUCCAGUUUAUUCACCAGGCACUUGCCCACGAGCUGCUGAACCUUGAGGAAGGUCCCUCCUGUGCUUACUACCUGACACUGGCCCAGGCUGCUUUGCUGAAGGAAGAUUUCUCCAAAUGUGAAGAAUGUCUCUGCGAGGCCAUUAGGACUGACUGCAGGAAUCCAAAUGUCUGGGCUCAGAAAGGACACCUCUGCUACCUGAAGAGGGACUUUGGUGAGGCCAAGAAGUGCUACGAGCGAACCAUCAGCUUCAUGGAGGAUGCUGUGGACAUGCACUUUGUCUUCCUGCGCCUGGGCUCCAUCUACCUGGAAGAGAAAGAGGCUCAGUUGCAAGCACGGCCAGCAAAGCAGACCUACCUGCUCGCCUGCAAGGACUCAUCCUGUCUCACCUGGCUGGGGGUGGGAAUCGCCUGCUACAGGCUGGGAGAGAUGGUGGAGGCAGAGGAUGCUCUCACUGAAGCCAAUGCCCUCAAUAACACCAAUGCUGAAGUGUGGGGCUAUCUCACCCUCAUCUGCCUGCAGGGAGGACGGGAGCGGGAGGCAGAGCAGUGCUACAAACACACCCUGAAGCUGGGUCUGAGGAACGACGCGUUGCUGCGGGAGAUCCGGGAUGCCCAGCACCGGCUGGGCUUCGGCAACCCGGCCCUCUGAGCCCCCCA